AAUGAAGUCAUCGUCCUCAUGGGUGCGAUAACGAUCGGAGUGUCGGGUUUCACGGAUUCCAACGACAGCGAUGGAAGAGCGACACCAACAAAAGACGGAGGGCGAUCGCCACCUCAACAUGAACGUCUAUGCGACCAAGAAGACGUUCGCGAUGGGGAUAAUGGAUAUCGCCCUCCUGUCCGCCAACGCCAACCAACUCAAGUACGUUCUGAAGGGAGGGCCUGAGGCUCCUCACUACCUCGUCAAUGUCGUCCUCAUUUCCACCAGCAUUACGCUGCAGAUCAUCAUGGGUCUGGUGAUAGUGUGGUUGGGAAAGAUGAACGUGAACGAGGACAAGACGGUCAGCAAGGCCAACAAAGUGAACAAUGUCGUCGUCACCAUCAUUAUCAUCAUCACGGUCCUCAACAUCCUCAUACCUUCCUUUGGAAUCGGGGAACCCCCCCAACCUAAUACUACCGUUUCCAUGUGAGCCAUGAGGCAUAUUCGCACCGAAGUGGAUCUCUGUUACGUGUUGAUCGAGAACGGCAGGCAAUCUUUCGGAAACAAACAUUUUGCAAACGGAACAUGGAUCGUGCCGAGUGCAUCAGUAGCAAGCAUCUGUUUAUAACAGCAAGUGUCCUCUCUUUUCAUCAAAUAAAUAAUUUCGUUAUCAUUUCUGAA